UGACUGCACAAAAUACAAACAUCCCGCCUCAAGGGUAUGGCGACUUUUGCACAAGCCCCGCAAGACCUGACCAGCUAUGAAUACCGUCUGUUCAACAAAAUGGCGGUCGGCAUGGACGCUUUCCACGAAGGCUUUCGCCAGACCUGGACCGAGCUCCUCAGCAUCUGCAAUGCUGGAAGGCUCCCCAGCGACAUCACUCCAGGCGCCUAUGUCGGCAAAUUUCUAGAGUGGUGCGCCGCGCUUGACAGGCAUCAUGCGUUGGAAGAAGAGCAUGUGUUUCCAAAGCUUGGCAUGAAGAUGCCGGUGUUUAGACCGGACUUCUCCGAGCCGUCUAUAGAUCAGAAGGGUUGCAAGACUAGGCCAGAGAUCUAUGCGCAGCAUCGCGAGAUUCACACAGGACUUGAUACGCUACACGAGUACUUGAAGGCAUGGGCUAGGGAGGAAAAGAUCGAAGUCGACCUGGUGGAGAUCAAGAGGCAGAUGGACGGGUUUGGAGAGGUGCUCUGGCGGCAUAUGGAUGAGGAGGUACAAAUGUUAAAGGCAGAAAACAUGAUGUUGUACUGGACGAAGGAGGAGAUGGAGGGUUUACCAUUCAAAGUGAAGAGUUGAGCUGACUAUUGCGUUGAACCAGGAAUUAUGAUCUAUGUGGUACUACUGGGAAAUACCAGCCUGAAUCUCAAACAGUCUGUGCUGGACUUCUUGCAGCUUUGGCCGAUUCAUGAAGCCUAGCAAUUGCUCAUCACCCCUGUUGCGCUCGCCUCUCUUCCAUCUUGCCUUCGCGUCUAAGAAGGUCUCCAUGGCUGCGACUCGUUCUUUCCACAUUUGCUGAGCCGCGACUGCCGCCUCUAGCGCGGUCCCGGUUGGCUCACCAUUGACGCCGCUGCGUCCUCUCGGAUAUACCUUGUCGUUGAUCCGGAUUAUUCGUGUUCUGCCUAGGUCACUAUUCCUGAAUCCUUGUGUACAGUCGUAAAUCAACUU